AUGCGACGUUUAGUCGCCCUACCAUUACUCAUAUUGGCUGUCACUUUUCUGCGAGACACGAAAGCCGUCAAGAUUAUAGAUAAUGGUCUUGCGCCGCCCGAAAUUGUUCACACCCCUGUCUCAACGAAACCAAGAUGUAAAGUAUUUGCUCCUCCACUUGACUUGGUAUUUAUUCUCGAUUCUUCAGGUUCACUCAGGGAUAAGUUUCAGGAUGAAAUCGACAUUAUUAGGAGAAUUUUGAAGCAUGUGACAAUUGGAAAAACCGCUACCAGAGUUAUGCUCAUACAGUUCAGUGGUACUCAACAUUUGGAAUUCAAUUUCGAAAAGUUUACUGACCGUGAGGAGCUUCUGGCUGCUCUAGACGUGCUCAGACACGUGUCAGGUAUCACUCGAAUUGGAGGAGCAUUCGAGUUUGCUCUACAACAAUUGAAAACUCCUGGAAGUGGUCUACGAGAUGGAACAGUGCCAAAAAUUGUGUAUCUUCUGUCUGACGGACGUACGCAUGAUUUCCCAAAAGAUUGGCAAAUGGCUGAUAUUUUGAGACGAGAAAUCCCAAAUAUCGACAUUUGGGCUUAUGGUACCGGUGAUUACGUGGCAAUGGCUGCUUUGGCAAACUAUACACAAUCGGAGCAGAAAAUUGUAACAAAUCUCAACUUGCAAAAACUUGAACCACAAUUUGAAAAAUAUCACGGAACAGAGAUUUGUGAGCAGCAACCAUCGUGUGUGAAAGGAUCCGAUAAGCCUUUGGAUCUCGCUCUUGUUGUUGAUGCUUCCGAGUCUUUGGAUCAUCUUUUUAGUGAUCAGAAAAAGUUCCUUGUCGAACGAGUCCUCGGAAAUAUAAACAUCCAUCCAGAAGCUGUUCGAGUAGCUCUUAUCACGUAUUCUGGUCAAGCAUUUGUUCAUUUCAAGUUCAAUUCAUUUUUAUAUGGAAACAACACAUCAGUACAAGGAUUUGUAAAAAACAUUCGAUCAAUCAAAGGAACAACUGCAACGAAUGUGGCAUUGAUGGAUGCAUUUGAUCUACUUACUUCAAAAGAUCCAUCUAUUGGUGUUAGAGAAGGUGUUCCAAAAAUGGCUUUGGUUCUUACUGAUGGGCAUUCUCAUAAAUCUCCAAAAGACAUUUCUGAAAAGAUGCGUGCUGCAGGAAUUAUUAUGAUUGCUGUUAGUGUGACUCCUCGUCCACUUGUUGAUGAAGCAGAACUUCGAUUAAUUGCUGGUAGUGAGAAAAGAGCAUUCACACCUCCAAACCUUCAUGAUUUUGAAAGCGAAUUCAUGAAGUACGUCGGUUUUGGAUGCGAUGGAAUCGAAUUACCUCCAGACGCAAAACCUCAAGUUCGUGGAGCAACUGACGUGAAGUGUACGGAGCAUUCAAUGAGCAUCGUAGUACGAACUCAACGGGCUCUACAAGGAGUUAUGUAUGCACAUAUGUAUCAUGAUGAGCCGGAGUGUAUGAUAAGAAAGACGGAUAAUAGUAGAGAAAUUCAAAUGACUUUUACCGAAGGAAAAUGUGGACUUGUAAAGACACCUACAGCUGACGGUCAUGGAUACCAUUUCAACAUUACCGUAAUCCUUCAAUUCCAUCCUCUCAUCAUCACGAGAGCAGAUCAAGGGCUUGAUAUGUCUUGUUUUGUGUCUUCAGCAGUGCCACGUCAAGAACUGGAUAGAGCCGUUCUCAAGAAUGCUGCUGAUACGCAAUGUGUCUAUAGAUUGCACAGAUACAGCCCAGGACAAUGUGUGGCAUUGGACGCUAAAGUCGGGGAGACCCUCUAUCAUCGUUGGGCGUGUGAUAGCCCGCCAGAGUAUAACUAUUUGGUACACGACUGUUUCGUACAAUCCGAGAAACAUACUCAACAGAUUUUGGAUUCAAAUGGAUGCGAAGUAGACCAACAUUUCCUGGAAACACCUAACUAUUCCCGGUUCAAGGAUUAUCCAGAAGAUUCAUAUGUGUUCCAGGAGAUGUCCGUGUUCAAGUUCCCCGGUGACGGAGAUCUCCUGUUUCAUUGCAAGAUAUCCUUAUGCAAUAUGAAUGAUCCGAAUGCGCCGUGCAAUCAGAGUAUUCCUCCAAAAUGUCCAAAGAAGGUGCCAGUACUCCCGGUUCGUCAGAAACGAAGUGUCUCCGCAGAAGAGAUGGCCUCGCCGGAAUGGAGAAGCAAACAGAUCAGAAAACGGCAAACCGAGUUGAAAAAUAGAUCGAGAAGACAGAUCGUAGAGACUAAAGCCGGCUACUACAUGACUCUUCAAGUGGAGACAAGAACUCUCAACGUGUUGCUCAGUGAAAGCAUUCGGCCAAGAGACUCUGUCAAAUAUUGUGAUAUCUCCUAAAUUCUUCAAUAUCAUCACCCAACUAACACGGGUCCGCUGCACUGUUCUUUCGAAUUUUCUUUAAAUUUGUUCUGUUCGUCAUCUCCAAACUGUUUGUAUGUAUAUAAAUUCAUUAAUUUC